UGAGAGACAAAAACAGUGGACACACACUGGAUGGUGUAUUAUUGGAAACCAGCGAACGAAACUCGCGACUGACUGAAGAGCACCGUGUUGUGAUUUGAACACAGUGUAUGAAACGAGCUCUGGUGAAGAGUGGACUGACAUCAAAGAAGAUUUCAACAUCAGCAGUUAGGAGUCGGGAACAAAACAAACCGAAGGACUGCAUGAGGGGCUGAAUCAUUCACAAGCUAACCAGACAGCAGACAGUGGAGUUAGGUUGUUAUCUUAAAAUGACCAUAACUAACAGUUAUAUCUGCUGAAUAUUCGUUUUCGAAAGUCUUAACUACCACUCAGUAUUUCUCGCGUUACCAUGGUCGUUUAGUUACACAAGCGUUGUCCGCCGGACUAGCAAGUUAGCAAGCUAGAGUGGUUAGCUGUAGCUAACGUUGCCCUUACUUGAACUGCUCCAGCUGCUAGCAACAUAAUGUAGCUGAGGUUACAAGACUGCAUUCGUUUCAUACCGUGUUUACUAUAAGUAGCUUGUGAGUUUGCGGUAAGCUCAAGAAUGUGAAGAACAAUGGCCAACUUUGAAGCUUACCAGGAAUAUCAGAGAAUUGAAGACUUUGAGGAGGACUCGCCACCAGGGGAGGAACAGGAUUUACUUGUGCAUGUGCCCGAAGGCCUAAAAGACUCAUGGCACCAUAUCAAGAACCUGGAUAACUUCUUCAAAAGGAUCUAUCAUUUUCAUCAGAAGAAUGGCUUCGCUUGUAUGAUGCUGUCAGAGUUCUUUGAACUUGUUCAGUUUUUGUUUGUUGUCACAUUCACGACGUUCCUUGUCAACUGCGUGGAGUAUGAUGUACUGUUUGCCAACCGAGCGGUCAACCACACCGGGCAGGGCCAGAACCCCUUGGACAGGAACAAGGUCACUCUUCCUGACGCCAUCCUGCCCAGUCAGCAGUGCACUGAGAGGAUUCAAGAGAACAGUUGGCUUAUAUUCCUUCUCAUCAUGGCAGCCAUCUUCUGGCUCUAUCGACUUGUUAAAGUAUUUUGCAAUGUUAUGAGCUACUGGGAGAUCAGGCAGUUCUACAUCAAAGCCCUGAAGAUCAGAAUGGACGAACUAUGCAACUUCACAUGGCAGGAAGUGCAGGACCGUCUCAUCAGCCUGCAGAGAGAGCAGCAGAUGUGCAUACACAAGAAGGAGCUGACAGAACUCGACAUCUAUCACCGCAUCCUGAGGUUCAAGAACUACAUGGUGGCAAUGAUAAACAAAUCUCUGCUGCCAGUACAGCUGCAGCUCCCUCUGCUGGGCAAUGUGGUGUUCCUCACCCAGGGACUCAAGUACAACUUUGAGCUCAUCCUCUUCUGGGGCCCUGGCUCUCUGUUCCAGAAUAAGUGGAACCUGCAUCCCAAGUACAAGCGCAACGGAAACCGCCUGGAGCUGGCGCAGCAGCUCAGCAGAGUCAUCCUGCUCAUGGGUUUGGCCAAUCUGCUGCUGUGUCCAUUCAUCCUGGUGUGGCAGGUGCUGUACGCUUUCUUCAGCUACACCGAAGUGAUCCGCAGAGAGCCGGGGAGCCUGGGUGCGCGCCGCUGGUCCCUGUACGGUCACUUAUACCUGCGACACUUCAAUGAGCUGGACCACGAGCUGCAUGGACGUUUAGGCCGCGGCUACAAGCCCACGUCCAAGUACAUGAACUCCUUUACGUCGCCGGUGCUGACCGUGCUCGCUAAGAACUUGGCCUUCUUCUCAGGCUCAAUUUUAGCUGUGCUCAUUGCACUGACGGUCUAUGAUGAAGAUGUCCUGACCGUGCAGCACAUUCUCACCGCCAUCACAGUGUUGGGAGUCGUCGUCACCAUCGCCAGGUCCUUCAUCCCAGAUGAGCAUAUGGUGUGGUGUCCAGAACAGCUGCUGCAGUGCAUGUUGGCACACAUUCACUACAUGCCGGACCACUGGAGGGGACAUGCUAACAAGAGCGAGACCCGUGACGAGGUGGCGCAGCUGUUCCAGUACAAAGCGGUGUUCAUCUUGGAGGAGUUGCUCAGUCCCAUUAUCACACCCUUCAUUCUCAUCUUCCACCUGAGGAAAAAAUCUCUAGAGAUCAUCGACUUCUUCAGGAACUUCACCGUGGAGGUCGUUGGGGUCGGAGACAUCUGCUCCUUUGCGCAGAUGGACAUCAGACGCCAUGGAAACCCAACGUGGAUGUCAGAGGGCCAGACGGAGGCCUCCAUAUACCAACAAGCGGAAAAUGGCAAGACAGAGUUGUCUCUUAUGCAUUUCACCAUCAAGAAUCCACGCUGGCAGCCGCCUCAGGAGAGCUCGGUGUUUAUCAGCCACCUGAAGGAGAAGGUGCACCACGAUGCACAGGGCGGCCCCUCCACCCAGCUGCUGCUCUCCGAGGCUCCUCUCUGCACCUCACUGCAGUCCAACGAAUCGGACGCUGCGCAUGAUAAUCUGCUGGCCAGUGUCUUGGCUCACCCUGUCCUAACUGCGUCCGGACUACAAGGGCGAGACCACCGCUUCAUUCCACCGAGCACCGCUGCUUCUGCCGCUGCCAGUGUCCUGGCCUCUUUGUCAACCUCCCAGCUCCAACACACCAGCCGCAGCCGCACGCACGGCCUCAUGAACUCAUCCGUCCAACCCGAGACCAUGUACCGCAGCGAUCGCACCAUCAUUGACAGUAUAUCUAACAGUGACAUCCGGAGCAACACUCUGAACUCAGAGUUUGCCUCAGCUGAGAUGAGUCUCCAUGCCAUCUACAUGCAUGAGCUCCACCAGCAGACUUCCCACCCACAGAGAGCUUCAGGGCAGUGGCUGAACCCCGUGCCAAUGAGAGAUCUGCACACAAGCAGUGGUUUCCAGGCACAAAGCGGCCUCGGUUCCAGCCUCUCUAUGCCCACCACUGUCCACCUUGGAGGCUGGCAGGAGGAGGAAGAAGAGAAUGCAGAUGAUCAGGAGAUUAACAGUGGAUCUACUCCAAAACAGGGCACUGGGAGUAGUUGUUGAGUGCCUUAUGUCAUAAGGUAUAUGUUCUCUUUAAACUCUGUAAAAUGACACAAGUCUACGAUCUAUGCUUUGUGGUUCUUUACCCUGUGUGUUAGUCGAACCUUGACAACAAUGGCCUUUUAUCCUUCAAGGGAUACAUGGCCGUGAUAAUUUCUCCUCUUUAUUGUUUUUAUAGCGUUUACAGUUUUACUUUCUUCUAUGAACAUUGUGGCCUUAGAUGAUCUUCAUGGAGAGUUUAGCAUGGACCUUUAAAACAUAAUUCAGUGUUUGUUGUAGGAGGAGAUCAUUGAAUAACCACUGUCUCUGCACCGCCACGCCUCAUCCUGUCACAUCAGGCAGACUAUGGCAUCAGGGAAACCAUAUGUCUUCCGUCCGGUCCGAUCCAUCUCGAUUUUUGUCAUAAACUUGUACAGACAAACUAUGUAAAAUGACAGAGAGACGAUAUGGUGUAUUCAUAGGAUCACUGUGUGUAAAAAAGAAGAAGCGCAAAAUGCUCAUCUCGACUUCUGAUGAGCCUUAAAUGAUUUGUGCAUCACAAAGAUUAACAGCGCCAGUCUAUUUGAAUUCUCACAGAGUGAUGUUCUGUGUUACCAAGACUGCAAAAUGUAUCAUAGCUGCCUGAACAAUAUUGAUCACCUGAAAGAGAAUUCAAUUCUUCAUGUUGUGCUGUUUGACCCUGGUGAUUUGUAAAUACACGUUGUUGCUGACUCAUCCUUUAAAAGACCACAUGUUUACUACCAGAGCUAAUCCUCGAAACAUUUACCAAGUAUUGAUUGAUCAAGAUAGUCACCAUGUGUAUCUGACACAUGCUUUGAUGCUGCUGUCUGUGUCCUAAAUACAGAUUUUAAACAGUAUUAAUAUUUCUACAGCUGUUGCAUCUGGAGACUAUUAAUUAAAAACAGGACUGAAAUUAAAGGUCUAAAAUACACCUGCCAUCAAAAUCCCAAUGCAAAUAUAGGAUGUGUAUUUAAGCUGGACACAAUGUCAGCUUUAUGCCUUACCACCCAUACAAAAAAAUUGUUUCCAUAUUACCUCAGUGGUGGUGAAGAAAAGAUAAUACCCUGAUCAAUACCUCUGCAGUGAAAUUACUGUUGUGUAAAUAUGAAUACAGUACAUAUUGGGUUCUUUGCAGUGUGCAUCUAAUAACUGCAUUUUGAUUUUGAUGGUGGGCAUACAUGGAUUUUCUCUUCCUUUAUCUGGCCCAGCAGAAGUCAUUGGUGAUGGCACCAGAAAUUGAACAAAACAGGGUGGUAUUGCUUGAACCAAUCGUUGUUGUGCACAUAAGCAUUCUGUCUGCGUCACAGAAAAAUGGAACAUCAAAAGGGCUGAUUUUUAGAUUGUUGCUUCUGCAGAUUUAGGUUUGAAGAUUUUAGGGCAGCUGCUCUCUGUGUUGGUUUUAUUCUUUCAAAAUAAGAGCAUGAGGAGGAAAAAGGCUUUCCACAGUCUGCAUCAUCUGUUAGCUUUAGCUUUAUUUAUUACCUGUUACCCUCCCGGAUAUUUAAUUCAUAUUUGUCUAUUAUUUAUUUGUACAAGGAUUAUUUCGAUUUUUUUUUGUGAAAUCAUUUUCUUUCACUUAACCUUUUUAAUUAAAUAAAUGGCAUGUUCCCCCCCACUAAAAGUAGUUAAAAAAAUGUCAAAAUGCAAAUAUAACAUGGCCAUCUGCAUGAUUAUGAAUGUGAUUUACACCUACACUUAACUGGGACUAAAUCUGGUUGUUGAUGCAGUGCCCCAAAUUAUAUUUUUACCCGUUUUUAAUUCCAUUUUUUUUAUAGAUCAAAGUAACAUAGAUGUCAUCCUGCACAACUGCAAGAGGGAAUGUGUCUAAGCUCUCUCGCGUGUUUAGAAACUAUUACACUUUCUCUGUGAGCGUGUCUGUGGAAGGAAUGCGUUUUUGACACGUUCGUAAUUAUGCUAACAUGAACUUUGCACUGACAGAAAAUAAACAUUUGUUUUUAAAUGUGUGCGUGUAUAUAUAUAUACAGUCCUUGCAUCAGUUACCUCCUGGAAAGGGCAGGUCUCAAAAGGGACACUGAGUCAGUCUCCAUCCAGAAUGACCUCUUCUGGUUGUUUGUAUAUAAACAACACUUCACCGCUUGUCGUAUUGUCACAGUCCACAGCGAAAUCACCUGGAAACACUGUGGCCAAUCACAUAAGGUCGUUCUUACCUCUGGUCAGUAAAGGUCCGCCCUGUAUGGGACGAUGUGUGUCUCUGUCACGUUGAAUAUACUCACAUGGCUCAUUUUCCAUUGUGCAGUGCGUUGAUGUUGUAGAGACACUGGAGCUGGGCUUUGUGCACAGAGUUGAUGUCUUUUGACGGUCUCCACAUUUACACCUCACUGUUAUGUCAUUUUGUUUUAAGGAGUGCCUUAGUAUUAAGGAUUCAUAUUUGCGCUUUAUAGGAGCCAUUUCAUGUAAGCUAUUGGAUUUUCACAGAUUUAGCAGCACAUACUAUGUACAGUUUUAUUUGGUCUUUUUGGCAAGUCAUUGUGUAUAGCAUCACGUAUGUUGUGAAGUUGUGGAUGUAAGAUGAGUUGUAAACUGAUCCUGAGGUCUUGUGUCAGUCCGUUGUAUCCAACAGCACACUUCUUCUUAUCAUGGUGUCUGAACUUGCACUGUCCUCAAUAUCCUAAAGAAGCAGGAAGUGUGCCUUGUAACUGUUGUCAUCACGGUCAACCUCCUCAUCUUACCCUGGUUUAUAAAAAAAAAAAAACACCAGUCGAACAACCACAGUGACUGGAACAAGGUGCUAAGUUUUCAUCCUGAAAUGUUGAAUAUGUUUUAAGACUUAGUUACGUUUUUUUCUUUCUUUUUUAAUGUAGGUUUGUUUGUUUGUUUUGUUCUGUAAAUUAAGAAACACUAGCUGAAAAAUAAAACAUGCCAAAAGAACUUGUUUUCUGCACAGCUUUACAAUACAUGUGCUGGUUUUUUUUGAGUGAGUAGAGAGGCAAAUAAAUCUUAUUUUGAGUGUAUUUAAUCAUAUCAUGUGUGGUGGAUUAUGCCAUGUUUAUUUGAAAUAAAAAAUAUAUUUAAAUGAUCAUGUCAUUCUAUUUAUAUUGCUGUUGUUAGUGUGCCUAGUCGGCUUUUGAGAUUACAAUGUGGGAGCUUUUCUCCUUAAAUCUUAGACAUUUCUGACACCAAUAUAUUUGCCUGUUUAAAUGAAUAAGUAGAGCCUGAUAAGUUUGAGAUGUCCUUAUGUGGUCACUGAUCAGCGAUAAAGACCGACAUCCAACAUCGCAAAAGUGACCAAAAAAACAUAAUGAUACUUGCUUUGUGAAAGAUUUGAAACUGUCUACUUUGGUUGACUCUUAGAGGUGGUAUCACACUGUGGUAGACAGCAAUGCAAAGUGCUUUAAAUGUGGACAAAGUAACAAUACAGUCGCAAAGAAUCAAACACUGAAAAAAAAAAAGUGUACCUAAUGACAAAAAUCUCAAAGAGAGAUAGAAUCAUAUAUUUCAUAUUGUACAUAUGUCUUAUUUCUCUUUAUGGUCUAUUUAGUCCUCAUCAGGUUUGUUUUCAUCUCUUGCUCCACUUUUACUCAAGAUGCAAUAAGAUUACAGGCUCAAAACUCUCUUACAGGAAGACUUAUUAUUUACAGACUUCAUGCUGAUGUAUUCAGGACACAUUCCCACAUUUACAUGUUUUAGCAUCUCCUUUUUCUUUCUUCCCCUUCCUCCUGCUCUGUCCUUCAUUGUCUCUUUUCCGAUACUCUGCCGAUUCUCACAGUUUGAAUCCACCUCUCCCUCUUGGCCUGAUUGAAAUUCGUCAGUCUAAUCCUAGUUUGAGUGAUUUUGAAACCAUUUUUGUUCAUUAGUUACAUGUUUUGUUCUGCAGUGACAGCUCAUUGCCCUGUGUACCCCUGUUGUAUUUCUGGUACUGGUGUCAAUACUGUAAAUAAACAUUGUAAAUAAACACCACACACCUCUAUUUGAGAUGCACUA